AAAACCCUAAUUCUUGUUAACCAAAAAUGGCUUUGAGUACCAUAAUUCGACGGUCUGCUCCCACUGUUGCUGCCCGACUACUGAUCGGUCAGCGAGCCUUGAUCAGUCACCAAUGCGGUAGCGCCUUGUUGGUCUCCGUGAAUCGUUCUAAGAAGAUCACUACUGAGGAUUCGUUUUUGGGUCCGUCUGUUUCUCGCUAUUCUUACUCGGCUUCUACUGCUCUCGCUCGCUCGAGUUCCGAUGACUCGCUCCUCCGAGUUAUUGAGUCUGAGAUUAAUUGCUCAGAAGAAAGCUUCGAACCGGGUGAAGGUGCUCCUGAAGGUUUCCCUUUUCAAGUAAACGAUAACCCGGGGCAGCAAACAGUGUCUCUAACAAGAGAAUACAAAGGCGAAAAAAUCCAUAUCGAUGUUGAACCAUCGGCCCUGAUAACAGGUGACGAUGAUAGUAGCGAUUCAGAUGAUGAUAAAGACAGUCAAUCCAGUCUCCCAAUGGUUGUCAAAGUUUCCAAAACCGGUGCACCCUCUUUGGAGUUUGGUAUCACUGCUUAUACCAAAGAGAUCGUCAUUGACAGCUUAACGGUUAAUGAUCCAGACAUUACCGAAGAUCAGACUCCUUAUGAAGGACCUAGAUUUGAUGAACUGGAUGAGAAUAUGCAAAAGGGAUUCCACAAGUUUUUGGAGACAAGGGGGAUAAAAGCGGAUGCGACAAAGUUUUUGCAUGAAUACAUGGUGAACAAAGAGCAUAGAGAGUAUACUAUCUGGCUUAAGAACCUUAAGAAGUUUGUUGAGGCAUGAAGGUUAAUUAUCAAGUAAUAUUAUUAUUAUUAUUAGGUU